AUGGAUAAAACAGAAGAUUUGAAUGAUGAAAUAGGACAAGCGGGUGAUUCUCUUCAACAAGCAGAUUCGGAAUGUCAAACUGAAAAUGUUAUUUCGAGUGUUGAUAAUAGCAACACCAACAAUACUGAUGCUAAUCGACCGGAAAUGAUCGAUACAGCAGUGAGAUUUAUGAGUGAUCCAAAAGUUCAACGAACCUCAUUCGAAAACCAGAAACGUUUUCUACGCUCCAAAGGAGUGAGCGAUGCUGAAAUUGAACAAGCCAAGCAAAUAGUGAUCUCACAAUCGCAGACAAUCGCUGAGUGUCCAUCGGUGAUCACAGACUAUAUGCGAUUCAGUGGUCAUCUGCUGUGA